AUGUCGUUGUCGCAAACGCGUUGGGAAAGUCACAUUGAAAGUGUUAAACCACUAAGAUACUAUGCUUCAAAAAUAAGAGAUGCUUUAGUUGACUUGUACAACAAUCCUACCACAGAUUCGAUUGCAAAAAGUGAAGCUAAAUCCCUACUAACUCAUGAACUUGAGACUUUUGAGUUCUUGUUUAGUAUUGUAAUUUGGUACAAUUUGUUGUUUCAUGUGAACUCUGUUAGCAAGAUUCUUCAAAGUGAAGAUAUAGAUAUAGCAGUUGCUGUAAAGCACCUAGAUGGGCUUGUUAAGUAUGUUGCAAUAUAUAGAGAAGUUGGUUUCAUGGAGGCUAUGGUUGAAGCUAAAGAAAUGGCAAGUGAAUUGGGAAUUGAACCUACAUUUGUUGAAAAGCUCAUCAUUUCUAGAAAGAAACAAUUUGAUGAAAAUGUUAGCGAAGAGGUGACCUAG